UCAUGAAUAUUCUUGGUACCAAUUAUUGACCACUUAUUUAUCCCAAUUGCUUCUGGGCGUCUUUACAUCCUUCCUCCAUCACUCUCUUUUCCUUCACUCUUUUACUCCUCGUCCCACUCAACCUCAACCCCAAUCUUACCCUCGCCCUUCAUGGUCAAGCUUACACUGCUCUCCCCCAAAGGCAACCAUGGCGUCCGUUUCUUUCCUCACAGUGGCUACCUCGGCUUGACACCCCUCAAGUUCGAAGGAGCCGUUCGCACUGAAAUCGAGCAGGAUGGAAAACAUAUCUCUGCCAAAGAUAUAACAGUCUUUGUUCGGUGUUAUGAAUUUCGGUAUGGCCGGUUGGGGACAGCACAAUCCAAGAUUUUGGUAGAGCACUCCGUCACCUUAUGGAGGAAACCAGAUGGCCAAGAUUGGGCAGAGAUAGGAAAUGUAGAACACCCAUUCCGACUUACCAUCCCAGUUCAUAAUGCUGGUCCCAGCUCAGCUCUUUACUUUCAAGAGUAUCGAAUAUGUUGGCGAAUCGAGGCCGUUGUCAAUCACGCUCCCGUUCCGGGCAUCGGUUCUCGCUUGCUUAAACAUUGUGAUCUCUAUUUGAUCCGCCAUGACUUACCAGGAAAUUUGUCUCCACCCUCUCCAGUAACACCGCCCCCAACAUCUCAUCUAUCUUCCAUGAGCACAAAGUCUAGAGGCCCUUCACUCCGUUAUCAAAUUAUACUGCCCACUAAACCCGUUGGUCCUCUCGACAUCGUUUCUUUACAAGUCACUGUUCAACCACUCGAUUCAGCAGUAUCUAUCCGCAGUGCGACUGCCGUGGUCGAAAGAAGAAUACAAUUCUCAGAACUCCCAACAUCCCCUUCUGGUACUUCCACACCAUCAGCCCCUACAUUAUCAUCACACUCAUACCUCGCGUCAAAUCAAGAAACAAACUCUCAUGAUCAUCACUCUGUCGCAGCGAACUCCUACCACCUCGCAUCCGCUGCCUCCUCUUCCAACGAUCUCCACUGCCCUUCCUCGACUUCUUCCUCGAUAUCUGACACCCGCCCUCUUCUGCCACAACAACAAUCAUCAGUGCCUAGUACCUCACAAGUGACUCACACAAGCGAACGAACAACGACACAUAUUUUUGCUCAUCUUGAAUCUUCCCAUCGCUUCACUCGCGAUUCUACCGGAACCUGGCGUCAGACUCUCACCUUUUCUUGGCCCGAUACUAGUCCCAGUAGCCGGUGGACAGUUGGAGAAACACUUCAGACCGGCACGGCUUCUAUCAGGUUUUUUAUUCGCGUAAAGUUGAUCAUCUCCUCCCCUACCUCGAGUGCUGAAACGGUCGAGCUUGAUGACCAAGAAAUUAUUGUAGUCUCAACCAAUGAGGCUCAGCGUCAAUUGGCUCUUUCACGCUAUUCCGCCGCAAGCCAAUCCAAGUCUAGGUCUCCAAAACGAUCAAAGCGAGAACGUCCAAAUACAAAUACUCAACUACCGUCACCGCCUCGUAGCCCUCCUGUAGUCAUCCAAGUACCAGAAAAGGCGCCCACUGUAGCUAAAGCCGAGCAUGAAAUAUCAAAUGGGCAUACCCACAAGUUUUCUUCUGUACCAUCACCACAGCCCGGAAGCAAAUACAAACUGAAGUCCAUACGCAGACCCCACACUUCUGCGGGGCCCCGGGACACGCCGCAUGGGUACGAUUCACAGGGAUAUAACCAUCUCCACAACCAUAAUAAUCGACAUCCUGUCCCUCUGCGCCCCGAAACCGCAUAUAGUGGACCUGCCACUAAUGGACGCAGUACUCGUGGUGCUUUCAACCAGAAGUGGGUGGAAGCCCCACGGCUUGGCCAUUCUAGUUCAGGCGCGAGCUCGGAAGGAGCCCACUCUACAAUACCUGAAGGUGCUACUGGCGCAGAAGGUAGCUUGUUGUUCGAGAAAGUCGGACAAGUAGAGAUGCGCGCGUGGGAGGAGGAACUAGCGAGAAUAGAAUUGGUGAGCCGCAGAAGUACUGCGGAUAUGAUGGAUUUUGUGUCCCAGCGCAGGAAGCUGAAUGGCCAACAAGUCAUACGGACAUUUCUGCAAGCGGAAGGCUGAGUACACGGAUUCCCUGCAUUCUACACUAUUUAUCGCCACUGUUUUCCGCUGUCAUGUUUUCCUUAUAUCUAGCAUAGGUUCUCUCCGCAUAGUCCUUUUCCAACAAUCAAUACUUCAUACCAGCACGACUCACUGUAGAAUGUCCAAUUCUACUAUCAUUGCAUAUUUAUUAAUUUCGUUGGCACAUGUCCUCGGAUACCGGUUUAAUGAGAUAUACCACCCAAGGUGGUACAUACUACAUACAAA